AUGGCGCAUCCUCUCUUGGUAACGAAGCAGAGGGAUGCUGGUGGCCCCAAAUCCUUCACGAGACCUCAAGCCAAAGGCCGCUCGGAAGUCACGCCGAGGAAAGACUUGUCGUCAAUGCAAGGAAGUUCCGAUUCGGAGCUCAGUCUAAAACGCGACGGCAGCACAAGAAACAGGCAUAUCGCCUCCUUGAGCAACUUAUGGCACAAAACUGUCUCCCGUAUGCCGACCUUAAGCAAAAAGGAUGCCUCGAAAGGACAGAUUGCCAGGGCAGCUCAUGCCUCCUCAACAAGUCAGUCUGAUUCGCAGACUGACGAAGGUGAACAGCAUCAGAUCGACAAGCCUGCAACUAGCAAGGACGAUACCACGUCAUCCCAGAGGAAAAAAGGUUUGUUCAAACGCCGAAGCCUCGGAAACAUAUUUGGUACCAGCAGCCGAAAAACGCUCAAGAGAUACAUCAAGUCCGAGGAGGCUCUCGCGACCUCUGUGGGGUCUGACGUGGAGACGCCAGUCCAUGACAGGUUUCCAUCUGCCUCGCUCGUCGCUCCAGAGCUGCCAAAGGUGCGGGCAUCAGGAAACUUUGAGAAGGAGUGCGUGAUCAUCACUGGAGAGCCACCCACAGUGCAACCGCCGAUUUGCCUGGGAAAACAAACGCCCCAAUUACUGGAAAUACAGACGGGAGAUGGCCAGCCCCCUUUCCUUGAUCUAGGUGAUGCCGUUGAGGAUCAAGUUCCGGAUGUGUCGCUAUCAGCAUUGGCUUUGGCCAAGCGACCUAGGUCCUUGGAUCUCAAGAAACUCCUGGUAGACGCUUCGGCAGCAGCAGAUCUGGACUUCAUCACAUCGGCCUUGGACAAGGGAAAGGGCAAGGAAAAGCAGACAUCGAAGCCACCCUCCACUGAUCAGCAUGUGCACCUGGAGUCUGGAACACCGCGACCAGUCGAGGUAAAAAGCCCUCUCGAGGUAGCCAACAAAGCCUUGGAGGCGGAGUCUAGUAACAUGGUUGCAAGCAUCAAGACGACUGAUGCAGCCUCCGCUGUCAUCCAAGCUGAGAUGUCCAACAAAAUUCUACCUGCAGUGAAUACCGAGGUGACUGAUCCACCCUCUACUAUCUUCCCGGUCGAGAUGUCCAACAGGAUUGUACCCGUGGUCAAUACUGCGUUGAGCAGAUUUCCUGGAGAUUCCGACUCUCGAGAUGCUGUUGCCAGCACAGAGGCGACUGGCCCGAGAAUCAAAGAGGUAACCGUUCGAGACGCCGGGUACACUCCAAAUGAGAAACCGGAGUUUGAAACAUCAACGAGGGAGCACAUAUUGAGGUCGGAAGACUGGGAGAGCGAUAUUACUGUAGCUGGACUGGAGAAAGAUAAUGUCCCAGACACAACCCUGAUGCGCAAACGAUCGGACGAUGGACAACUCCAAGAAUACCUAUCUUUGCCACGCAACGUGAGCGAAGGUGAAGCUGAGACCAAGCCUAAAUACGGCAAAUGGCUGUCGCGGAGCGCUAUUCCAGUGACGGAUAACUCGACAAUGACUCGCGAAAUACAUAGAGAAACGAUGGACACAGGCCGGCUCGCUGUGAUCCCGGAUAUGACCCUAGAACUCGAGUCUACGAAGAGAAACGAAUACAGCAUAAUCUACCCGCCGAACUACGUUUCCAAACCUCGGGUUACCUCGAUGAAUGCUUUGAUUAUGGAGCCUCUCCUCAAUACAGCAACCGAACGCCAUCUUGUCAUAUCCGAUAGCAAAGGCAGGGCUAUCACUAGCAACGGCUCCAGCAAUUUGAGCGUUGAUUCAGGUGGCUCAGAGAUCCGAAGGAGAAAGACAAAAAGCAUGACGUUCAUCAAAAACAUUGAUAUUUCUUCUCUCGACAAUUCUUACAAUCAAAUGCGGAAGUUGGCCUUCCCUGGAGACUCAAUUGGUGGCCCUGAAAGCCGGUCCGAGACAUCAGUCUAUUACGACGGAGGCAGCUGGGACGUUUGUGAGGACUGCAGUGAUGUAGAUGAUGUUUUCUGA